GCCAUCUCCCGAGAUCCAGUCAACUUGCUCCGAAGUUCUUAAGUUCCCAUGCAUGAUAUCGUCACCUAUGCAUCAUCACUAUUGAAUUUGCUCUUCCUGAAUCUACGCUUGACGACCAUGCGAAAACACAAUCGCUUGCUGUGAGCCACUGUAUGGACAGCAACGGACAGAGUGACGAAUCAAAGGGAGACAAGUUCACAAGCCAAUGCUCUUGGCCCGACUCUAGGAUGAGAAAUGGAGCCCGAUCCAUCAGCACUGCUUGAGCGCUCUGUGUCGCGACUGUCCACAGCUUCAGCACAGAGUAUCAGAGGACAUGGUGUGCAAGCCAGGUCUAGAUCCAGGGUCAAAUUAAAAUCACAGCCGUCAAGCUCGGCUUCUUCGAUCGCAGCUUCGGACAAGUCACUGACUUCAUUCCCAUCCUUCUCUCCUGAGUCACCGCGCUACGGUCGUUCCCCUACACGCGAGACGAAUGUCCUAGCGACACCCAACGACCGGAAAGCUUCGAAUGCGCAGACUGCCUCUUCGAUAGUGCAUAGCUUGACCUCCACCGACACUCAGAAGGCCGAGCAGCGCAAUGCGUUAUUUGAGGAUACUCCCCUGGCUACCCGCAAUAUACCCGGCACCCUGCAUCUGGCAGACGACAACCAUAUCGGGCGGCUGAUAGCCCGCCACGGGGCGAUUGAAUUAAUCCGCCAGGUGGCAGAAGAUAUCGCACAACGUGAUGUGCAGAUUGUCAAUCUGCGACGGAGGUCUGAUGAAAGGGAGAGGGCAUUGAGAAAGAUCAUACUGGAAUGUGGUCUUUCCAAUCUAGACCUGGAAACAAGGCUGCGCGCAGUCGAAACAGAGCUCAGGGCCCAGGACCAGUUGAAGCGUGGGGGCGACGGAGGAGUGUCCGAUAUGAUGAAUGAUGCGAUGCACGAUUCAGUGUCCUACGGCGGCUUUGCAUCGGGAGAUAUCAAUGAUAGCACGAUACGGGUUAGUACCUUGUCCGUGCCCAAGGAAAAUGAGGCACAGGGCACCAUGAAGGGCUGGAAGGACUGGAUCCUUGGGGCUGGGUCAAGUAAGAGGAACAGUAGGACUAGCAGCAUCAAUGGCGACGUAGCCAAAACCGGAGUCCGAUCCCCGGCAUCUGGUGAUCGACGUGCACCCCUACAGGAAGACCUAUUCACCCCUCCAGACACGGAGUCGGUCAGAAGUUCGAGCAGGGCCUCAAGCAUAUACUCUGGGCAGGCGGGGCAAGCCUCGAGGAAACCUUCGUCUCUGGCCAGCAUGGCUCUGCAACUUGUUGCUGGCCGAGCCAACGGCCGUGAUGACGACUCCAUUAGAGGGAGGUCGAAUUCGACAGGUCAGGGUGGUGGUGGGUCCCUCAGGGCAUCUUCGACGGCAAGUGUGAAAACCAGCGCUUCGACCAGAGCUGUCUCUACCCAAGUUGGGCCUAAAGCUCUUAUGGCUAUGCGGCGGGCGACACCAGCACCACUUGCUGUCGCUGGUCGUACGCAACCACGAGAAAGAUGGGGGGACACCGUGGGCACCAGCCCAACGGAGACAACAGCCAAAAGGCCCGAUAACUACGGUCCUGUUGAGAUGGACACCAUCUUCUCUCCAGAAGGCCAGCCGCCCACUUUGACGCACAUUUACAACAAUUUUCUGGGUAGCGACCUGACGGAUCGGUUCGGUUUCAUUUACGACCAACGACGCAAGAAGAGGCAGCGAGAGGCAGCACAAGUUGCGCGUCAGGUCAAGCGAGGCAGUCGGACCGAGAUGCUCACGGGUGGUCGACCGGGCAUGUCGCCGAAUCUGCUGGAAGAUAAUGCCAGCUCCAUCCAGGAAAUCAGCAGCGAUGAUCGGUCAGAUACCCCUACCUCAGCUGAGGAUCUUUUGGACCAGAGCAAGCACAAGCGAUGGCAAGAUUACCUCAAGAUCGCUACUUUCCCCACUGAAUUGUUGUCCCACACACCUUCCAUUACCGCCUCUGGAUUGCAAGUAUUAGAGGGAGGCGAGGUUCCAAAAUCGCCUGGCCUGAUCACGUCGGAGGAACGUGGAUUUCUCCCCUCGGCCAGCACCACCGCAGCUGUCAACAGUGAGGCGGCAGCACAACCGGAGGAAGAUGUACCUGCGGCUACCUUGGUUAAAGAAGAUGUCGAGCCUGUCAGACUCUUGCUCAAGCAAUUGAGCGAUGUGCACGAUGCGUUGCAACGAGACAAGUCUACUCGCUGGAACGAAUUUUUGCGGAAAGUGAGAGCGGAACGUAAGCGCGAAGGCGAAGCGGCCGCCGCAGCUGCUGUUGCCGCCGCCGAAGCACGGUUCCAGCAGGCGCCAUUGAUGAUCCCCGAAGCCAAGUUGGCCGAUGGUGAGAUCAUUGGCAUCGCUGAUUUGGGCGUGAAGGGCAAAGUGGGCCGGGCUAAAUGGAACGAAUUCCGCAACCUGGUACUUGGUGGUAUACCCGUGACGCAGCGACCAAAGAUCUGGUCUGAAUGCUCGGGCACAAUCUUCAUGCGUAUUCCUGGCUACUACGAUGAUCUUGUCUCUCAGUCAGCCGAAGGCGAUGACCCUCAGGUGGUUCAGCAGAUUGAGCUCGACAUUACUCGUACGCUUACCGACAACAUCUUUUUCCGCAAGGGGCCUGGCGUAGCCAAGCUGAACGAGGUUCUGCGCGCCUAUGCUCGACGCAAUCCCAAGGUUGGAUAUUGUCAGGGGAUGAAUCUUAUUACGGCAAAUUUGCUCUUGAUUAUGCCCUCGACCGAGGACGUAUUCUGGAUCUUGGUCUCGAUGAUUGAGCACAUACUUCCCGAUGGCUAUUACGACCACAGUUUGAUGGCCUCUAGGGCAGAUCAACAGGUCUUGCGUCAGUAUGUCACACACGUACUACCGAGGCUCUCACAGCAUCUCGACGAGCUGUGCAUCGAAUUGGAAACCUUGACAUUUCAGUGGUUCCUCAGCGUCUUCACGGACUGUCUCUCCGCCGAAGCACUUUUCCGAGUAUGGGAUGUGGUACUUUGCACCAACGAUGGAAGCACGUUCCUGUUCCAAGUUGCCCUCGCUCUAUUGAAGCUGAACGAGCAACAAAUACUUCAAUGCACCACACCGGCGGCUGCAUACACGUACAUUAGCCACCAGAUGACCAACCACGCCAUCAGUAUCGACGGCUUGAUCAAAGCAUCAGAGGGGUUGAGAAAGGUUGUCAAACGAGAGGAUGUGGAAGACAGACGUACUAAGGCCAUCGAAGCCGAAAAGCAGCUCAUGAAGGAGCGCGAGGAACACAAUCAGCUCCGUCGCAUGCAGAAGGCUCUGACUGUGCCCGCCGUCGUCACCACCGAGAGUGCUUCGGCUGUGCCCAGUCCGCUUCAUAGUCCAGUACCGAAAAUGAGCGAUAGCGAAACCGCCAGCAUCAUUAGCCUGAACGCUGGCGACUCGGAAGAGGACACCAGGAAUGCUACGGUCAAGGCUCCGACAUCACUCGAGGAAGAAGCGUAGUUUGGACUUGGAUGAGAAACGGACGAGGAUUGGAGAUGUCGAUGGGCGAUGGAAGGCUUUCCUUGAUUGCACACUCAAAUCACUCGCGGCAAUUUUAUCAGGACGGUGUUCUAUAUUAUAGAUCGGACUUGAACCAUGAUACCCCCCUUCACUUCACAGAUUUUUAUUUUAUUUUUACAUGUGUCGUUAACCAGCAUUACGUGCGACUUGAUGUUCAAGUAGACAGGGCAAUCAAAAGUGAAUUUUGUCACGAUAGUUUGAUAUGAUAUUUGGCGUAUAACUUUGGGCUCAGAAUGAAUAUAUGAAU